GUGAAAUGUCAGUUACGUCGAAGGUUUUUGCAAGUUUGGAUGUUUUAUUAUCAAUUAUACAAACAUACAGUGGCAGAACGGGAAUUUUUGUGCAGCUUUGUGGGUAAAAUAUAACAAAUAAAUCACUUAAUUAGCAUUCCGAGUUAUCGGUCGCCAGGUGUGUUGUGUGCGAUGAUGUCGCGCCAAGUGUUCCCAUUGUGACACUUUCCCAAGCCCUCGAGGGUCUCGAUGAUCCCACGGGGUCAUUGGUGGCAUUAACCUUAUCGAAGAGAGAAAAUAUCUUAAAAAAUAACAACGAAAUUGAAGUGCAGUAAGUGUGAAGAAAGCGAAAAUAAAUAUUUUCCACCCGACGCUCGGCGGAUUGUGUCGGUCGCCUGUGUAGCGAGUGGCAGAUAAAAAAAAUAUCUCGAGUGACAAGUUGCGCCGAAAGCAAUCGGGUACAUCACGUGAGUGUGACUACCGACGCUAGCCGCCCACCCGCCGGUGCCCGUCGACGCCUCCAGCUAAAGUGUAGUAGUUGUGACGCAUCCUAGAAGGGAAGAAGAAAAAAAAAAGUUCGAUUGUGCAAAAGUGACACACCGCAAGAUAAUUUGCUAAUAAAUAUCACAGUAACACGUCAGCACUUACUCCCUUUCCGCCCUCCGUCAGACAGAUCGGAUGAAGUAACCGAAGCAGCAUUAGCAGCAGCAGUGACAUCUUCAGUUGAGCAACGUCAACGCGGAGACAACAAAAAACAGAAUCCACCGCCGAUUGGAGAGAUUUGUUAAACAAAAUUUGUGGCAGCCCACCCACACCGCACGGCCAAGAUGAUGGAUCGGAUACCAUCGCUGUCGAUACCGGGCUUAUCGCUGUCCCAUCCGCUGUCGAUACCAACGUCCCAGAGUCUCACGAAUCAAUCAUCGCACGCCGCACUGAACUCGCUUAAUCUGCACAGCCAAAAUCUGCAUGCGGCAUCAUCUGUGAACGCUCUGCACGGAUCCCAGGGCGCAUCGACGGCUCAGGCCGUGGCGGCCAACCUACACCAGAACGUGGGCGGACUGCUGAACGGGCCUAGCAACGGCAAUGGUUCUCCCUACUAUUACAGCCUCCUGGGGCAGACCAUGAUGAAGAAGCCGGUCGAGGAGCACAUCAAGCGUCCGAUGAAUGCCUUCAUGGUUUGGUCCCGGCUCCAGCGGCGGAAGAUUGCUCAGGACAACCCAAAAAUGCACAACUCAGAAAUCUCCAAGCGGCUCGGAGCCGAAUGGAAGCUUCUGACCGAGGACGAGAAGAGACCAUUCAUCGACGAGGCCAAGCGGUUACGAGCGAUGCACAUGAAGGAACAUCCCGAUUACAAGUAUAGGCCCAGACGAAAACCCAAGCCCAUUCGACGCGAUGGGUAUCCCUACCCGAUGACGUAUCCUUCCGUACCGGUUGAUGCACUGCGGGCAGCGUUUCCCAUCAAUCUUGCAGGCAUCACACCCAGCUAUUUCGCACCAGGUGCCCCGUACCACUUAGGAAGUCAUUUGUCACAGGCUAGUCCUCCCACGACACAGUCCUCGAUCUCCUCCCAAAUGGACGUCUCAAAGUUCGCGUUGGACCGCAGCGCCUAUCUGAACACCGCAGCCGCCGGCGCAUUGUACGAUACCACCAAAUCCCAGACGAACCCGUACAGCGCCUACCUAGAUCCAACCACUGUCCUGACCAAGGCUUACUUCGAUUCAAAAAUGUAUCAGGAUCGCGCCACGGCCGCUGCGAAUUACGCCUUCGACAUUUCCAAGAUUUACGGUUCCCAGCAGCAGCAACAUCAGCAACAACAACAGCAACAGCAAGCUCACCAACAACAGCAGCAGCAACAACAGCACCAGUUGCACCAUCAGCAUCAGCUGAAUGGAGACGAACGUGAAUCGACUCCCCAGCUCAGCGAUGUCAACGUGGACAUAAAGCCUCAGCUCGGGGAACAGGUGGACAGUUCCCCACUGCAUAACAACAGCUAUGGGUCAAAUAGUGCAAACUUGCUGGCUGGCGGGGGAGGUGCAGCCGGGCUCUACCAAUACGCAGGGAUAGGACAAACCGGAGGCGGAGGAUCCGUGUCCGGUGGCGGGGGAACCGGAGAUUAUCGUCGCCCACUGACGGUCAUAUUUUGACCAAAUUCGGAGGUAAUGGAUGAACGAGAUUAUUAAACAUUGAAUAGGAUUCUGAUAAGUGAACACAAUGCAUCAACGAUAACAAUAGCUGUUUAGACUGUUAAGUGUUAAUAAUUUUUGAGCAGCCCCUCGGCCAUUGAAGGGAAGGAGCUUCUCUCCACGAGACAUUGCAUUGGAAACGAGCUCAAUAGAAUGUGAGUGAGCUUUUUCGGCAAGUUUUAACACGAUAGACAACAUUUAUCCGAAGUCAGACGCAACGAUUCCACACACACACUUUAUCCUGUAAAUUAAGCUUUCUCUCUCGGCCAUGAAGCGUAGACACAAACAUUUUAAAUCAUACAAUUCUGUAGCGAACAUUUUAGACCGAUGAAUAGGAUUGCAAUACUCAACUUCGAUCACAGGAAGAAUGUGAUCAAUCCGUAUGCAUUUACGAUAUUUGUACAUUACGAUCAUGAAAUAAAUUAUUACCCAUUUAGACGAUAAGCAAAUGUAUCUUUAAAUUUCAAAUACUAGCAAAAUACAAGUUUAAACGAGACGGGCCUCGGUGCGAUGGCCCCCAAAAGCUAGGCGUUUUAACUGAAGACACUACUCAUUUCCAUGCAUUCCCAAGUGGAUUAAUUGACAAGACGGGGGAAAAAAUUGUAAAUUCAACAGCAUUAGAAAUUGUUAAAUUAUUUCACCAUGUAAAGUAUUCUCUGCAAAUUAUUGUACUUAUAUCACCAAUAAAAUGGGUUAUGGAACGAAUACCGAUUGAAUAAAGU